AUGGGACACUUAGAAGGAACAACAAAAGUUGCAGUAACACAAGCAGAACCGGAAUGGUUGGACCUUGAGAAGGCUGUGGAGAAGACCUGUCGGCUUAUAGUUGAAGCAGCUACGAAUGGAGCGAAGCUCAUUACUUUCCCCGAAUGCUGGAUACCUGGGUGCCGCCCUGUUGAUUUCAAACUGUCUGCAAUAUACAUCAAAAACUCGUUGCAAAUCAACUCUCCUCAGAUGGCACAAAUUUGUGCUUGUGCAGCUGAAAACAACAUCACUGUGUCAAUUGGAUUCUCGGAAAAUGACAAUAACUCUCUAUAUAUUUCGCAGGCAAUCAUAAGGAACGAUGGCAAAAUUAUAAUGGCAAGAAGAAAAAUAAAGCCUACUCAUAUGGAGAGGACUGUAUUUGGAGAUGCAUCCGGCAAUUCCUUGAAGAAUGUAGCAGAAGUUCCAGGCAUUGGAAGGAUUGGUGCUUUGGCAUGCUGGGAGCAUACUCAACCACUAUUAAAGUAUAAUACAAUACUUCAGAAAGAAGAUUUCCAUGUGGCUGCUUGGCCACCCGCUUUCGAACACGACGGAGGUCCAGGAUUAUGGUCGUUGUCUAAGGAAGGCAUCCAUAGUUUAUCACAAACAUACGCAAUCGAAUCUCAAACAUUCGUUCUUCACACAACAGCUGUUUUGACUCAGAAUGGCAUUGAUAUAAUGGACACGGGCGCUGGUGCUUUAUUGAACACCCCGGGGGGAGGAAAUUCGGCAAUUUUUGGUCCGGAUGGUCGAAAACUCUCUACGGACAUACCAGAAGCUGAAGAGGGUAUAAUAUAUGCGGAUUUAGAUCUAGAUGAUAUACUCAAGAGCAAAGCAUUCAUAGAUGUCGGUGGCCAUUAUAGUCGCCCGGAUAUGCUAUGGCUUGGCGUCGACGACAGAGAAAAGAAACAUUCUCGGACUCAGGAAGAAUGA